CAGCUAUAUUAUGUUGGUGCAUACGUGGGAGAGCCAGAAGCUGCUGCUACAUGAUAUUCAGGACAAGGUUGUGUAUGAUUUAGACCCAGUCAGAACUGUUGUGAAAAUGCAGGCAUUCUGCGAAGUCUCUCGUAAUGCAGGGUAUCACUGGGUGCGUACUCAGUGCAUCGUCUACAUGUCGGAUGUUCUGCUUUCUUUGAAGUCUGGCGCACUCGCAAACAGCGUUGGGAAUAUGUGAGGAUCAUGGACUAAGUUAUGGGCUUUUGAGUUCUUAUCAGAAAUUGCUGAUCAGACAGAGAACAUGUAAAG